CUAAUCAUUUCUUUCCUUUUCCUUCAACAUGUGAUUACAUCUUCAAACAUCUCUUUAUUUAUUUUUAUUCACAUCAUCAUCAGUUUUAUUUUAGACCAUGGAGUCUGCUUCAAGAAGGUAUCCGUCUUUCUCCUCCACUUUACUCGACGAGAUCUACCGCUCAAUCGAUGAAGAAGAAGAAGAAUCAAUACCAAGCGGAACCAAAUCUAGAAAUGCUUGUUUUGAAGAUGAUGAUGAACGUCGACGAGCAUGCUUAGUUCAGGAAUGGAUAGAGAACAAAGCAGCAGCAGCAUCGACGGCACGUGGAUCCUUAAACCUAAACAUUAAACCUAAACCUAUCCGUACGUGCGUCUAUCAACAUGACAAGCAGAGGAUUGUGUACGGACAAGCAGCAGAUUCGCAAGCAAAAUCAAAAUUCACCAAGACGAAAUCCAAAGCACUCAAGAUCUUAAAGCACCCUAUUUCUCCUGGAGAAAAUUUAUUCAAGAAUUACCAAAACAAAGUUGAAAAAGAGAGUGAUGACGACGGAAGCAGCAGCGAUUCAAGCUCAGAUCUUUUCGAGCUUCAUAACAUCUCUGCUCACAUGUAUCGAGAUGAGUUGCCCGUAUACGAGACAACUCAACUUGAUACCAAGCCACUCUUCAUCUAAGAUUUUAGACCUGUUACUGGUUCAGUAGAUAUUUUUUUUUGAAUGGUUGUUGUUAUACUGACUCUUAAUGGUUAAGAUCUCUUAUCUGAAUUAGUUAGACAUUUGUCUUUGAAUGGUUAGUCAUUAUACUAACUCUUAAUGGUUCAGACCUCUUGCUGGUUAA